ACUCCGCUCCACCCGCUCACACUGCGCUCAAACUGCGCUCAAACUGCGCUCAAACUCUGUGGAAGUUUCACCGAGGCUCCGCGCUCUGCCAUGCCGGGACUGUGACGCUGAUCCCGGGCUGCGCGUUCACUCCUCGCCAUGGCACCGUUUGGGAAGAAUUUCCUCAAAGCGCGGCUCAAAAACAGAUCCAAAGAUGUCGAGCCAUCACCGGGGAAGGAGAUCCAGGUGAGCGUUUGUGGGGAGGACAAGGUCGUGUGCGGCGUCACCAAACACACCACAUGUCUCGAUAUGAUCCAGGCCCUUUUAGACGAUCACAAAACCAUUCCCGAGAGCAAACGGCAACUCCACGGAGAAGCCAAGGAAUUCUGCCUGGUUGAACGCUGGAAGGGCUUCGAACGAGCGAUACCUCCACUGACCAGGAUUCUACGACUGUGGUACGCGUGGGGCGACCAGCGUCCUUUUGUGCAAUUCAUCUUGGUGAAAACGUCGGAUUUUGUUGCACAACCGACAAAGAAAUCUACAAAACCGAAAGGGGCGAGACCCAAAAGAUAUGAGCAAAACCGCACUCCGCAAUCGCUGCCAUCAGAAAAGCAAAAACGCGUAGUCAGGAAAGCGUUCCGGAAAUUGGAAAAAUUGCAUAAGGAAAAUAAAAGUUCGCUUGGAUCAGAGGAGGUGGACAAAAUGGUGCAGCUCAUUUUAAACCAAGAUCAUACAAUCCGCGAGCAGAUCCGAAGAAUGAGAGAUUUAGAUUCAGAAAUUGAAAGAAUUGAAGUAAAUUUUCAACGGGAUGAAUUGGAAGUACAAGCUUGCGGAGGUUGGAAUUUUGAUAUUGAGGAGCAGCUAAACCAGUUUUUGUACACCAGCGAUGGUGUUGAGCAGCUGGAAUCGCAGGUCCAGAAACAUCACAAACUAAUCCUUAAGCUGUCUGAGGAAAUUGACGAGGAACUUAGGAAAGAAACUGAAAAAGAAGGAGCCAACAGUCCACGGAUAAACGAGGAAGUGUACGGAGCUGAACUCGAGCGACUCCAAUCUGAAAUCAAGCGCACCCUUUUCGCCGGAGUUUCUUUGCAAAACCAAGCUAGCGAUUUGGACAAACAGCUAAAAUACUUUGACGCAGCGCUAAUUAUGAAAGACGAAGAGUGUUGGGAGUUAGCAUCGCAGCUAAACUCGCUACAAAUGACAGACUUUGCUGAAGAAAUGUCCCAGCCCAGCGUAACGUCUUGUAGCGUUUUGCAGAAGGUUAAACUUAAAGAUAGCUUGCAUCCAUUGGAGCUAACAGACACGGACUCGGAUACGGGAAUAAGCUCCACACAUAGCCAAGAUUCCCUCUCUCCUGGUUUUGACUUUCCACCGCCUUUGGACACAGACGUCUAGACAAAAACAACAGGAAUUUGUUUUUAAAAUGGUUUCUCUUUGACCUCGUUUGUCAUGCUAGCGUUUAGCGGAGUUAGCUUGUCGCAAAGAUGGAUUACAAUGGGUGAUUCAUGGGCUUAACGUGUCAAAGAUAAACAAGACGUGAGGGAUUUGGGGCAAGUUGCUGCGAGGUUUUAAAGUGACAAAUGUAUUAAUCACAAACCAAAUAUGUUGUUUUUAAGAUUGUAGAGCAGGGGUGUCCAAACUGUGGCCCGGGGGCUAAAUGCGGUCCUCAGACUAGCCUUUGCUGGACCUCAGGCUUCCAGAUGAAUUAGCUGAAAUUAACAUAAGCAUAAGUAGUACAAGUUUAUGAAAGCUCCACCAUAUUUACCCCAGUAACAAAUGACUGAAACAACACAGAUUUAUGUUUAGAAGGGCUACGAUCAGUCAGCAUCACCGCAAUCAUAUUCUGACAGGGGCUGCACCAACGGGGGGGCUUGAGGGGGCACUAGCCUCCUCUUGAAUGGUCAAUGCACCCCCAUAGCUCUGCCAAAGAUGUUUGCCCCACUUUCAUAGCACAUCCAAUCUUGACUAAAAUCGUUCUUCAAAAUGAGACUCCAAUAAAAAAAUAAUCCCAUAUUAGCUUUUAUAAAUCACUACAGGGGCUGACAACAUUUAAACUGGUUUGGUAAGGAAAUAUUUACAUGUUACGUGAGCACCCACAUUGAAAAUCUUAGCUACACUUCAGCUUCUCCAACCAAAAAUGUGCGGUGCCGCCUCUGUAUCCUGAUAAUCUAUACAGACUAUACAUUUGAAAAGACCUUUUAGAACAAAGACAGCGGCAUUAUUAAAUCAAAAUUCAUAUUUAAAUCAUUAACACACUUGGUAAAUGUUCUCUGUUUUAGGAAUCUUCAGAUGUCUUUAUUUUAAGGUCCAAAAAUGAAUCGUUGACUAGUUCACUGCUAAAAUAAUCAUUAGUUGGAGAAAUCGGAAUUUUGAAAAAUUCCCAAAUCAUGAAAUCGUGGAUUAUUAAGAAACAAGUUUACUCCUGAUGUUUGUACUUGUAAAACAGGUUUACUCAUUCAAAUUUAUCUAUCCAUCUAUUUUCUUCCUCUUAUCCGGGGCGGGUCGCAUGGGCAGCAGUCUAAGCAGGGACUCUUAGACUUCCCACACGCCCGGACACUUCCUCCAAUUCCUCCGGUGGGACCCUAAGGCGUUCCCAGGCCAGCCGAGAGACAUAGUCAUUCUAACUGAAACUAUUAUUAUUACUUACCUUUGCAAAUGUAACUGAAGACACUUCACAAUUCACUUAAAUGAUCUUAAAUACCAUAAGAAUGUAAAUGUAAAGAGCCUCCCCUGUUUGAAAGGUCCUGCUCAGACUUUGAUUAAAAUCUAUUAAAAUCGUGAUGGUCCAGUGUGUGAAAAAAAAACAAGAUGAUAAUUUUUAGCCAUAUGUGCAGCCCUAAUACUGAAGUUCUGAGAGUAAAGAGUCAAAGCUCUGACCUCUGAUCAAUAUCUGGACCUGGAUAAAAACAGUUUGGACACUCCUGUUCUUUGGGGUCUGGGACAGAAUGACCCAAACUGAAAAUCUGCAAAAACUUUGAAAAAACUGAAAAAACUUUGGGACUGGUUCCUGUCAUUAUUAAAUUUGUUCUAUUGACUUUUAUGGUCAGAAUGUUAUGGCUAGUUUUGUAUUGU